AACUAUAUCUACUCAGCAAAGUAGAACAGAGGACAAAUAAAAGGGCCAAAUAGGCAAAGAAAAUCAAAAAGCAGAAAGACAAGAGGGCCUGAGGCAGAAAGAGGAGAGAGUGAUGUCAUCAUUGGUGCUGGGCUGUGCUCUCUCCUCCCCUCUGUCUUGCGUCAUUGUACACACACACAUACCGGAGCAGAGAUGAACACACACCCACAUUCAGCAUCCUUUCAGUAGCAGCUCAGCAUCAGAAUCCAGGAUUGUUAAAGUCACUGUCAGCAUGGCUGAAGGUUCGGGUGAAGUAUCACUGGCAGAUAUUGAGACAGCAUUUCGUAAAUUUGCAGUUCAUGGAGACAACAAAGCGUUGGGAAAGGAAAUGAAUGGAAAAAACUUCAUUAAACUGUGUAAGGAUUGCAAGGUCAUCGAUGGCAAAACUGUCACCAGCACAGAUGUGGACAUCAUCUUUAGCAAAGUCAAGGCUAAAUCAGCACGUGUCAUCACAUUUGAGCAGUUCACUCAAGCCAUGGCUGAGUUGGCCACAAAACGUUUUAAAGAGAAGAGCCAGGAAGAGGCAGUACAGCUUCUCUAUGGUCUCAUUGCUGGCAAAGAACCCGCCAACGUUGGUGUCACUAAAGUGGCAAAAGUCUCUGCUGUAGACAGAUUAACAGACACCAGCAAGUACACUGGUUCUCACAAGGAACGCUUUAAUGAGUCGGGUAAAGGAAAAGGCCGUUCAGGGAGGGAAGACAUCCCUGAUACCAGCGGAUAUGUUUCAGCAUACAAAGGCCAAGGCUCCUAUGACAGCAAAGUAAAAGAGGAUGAAUGAAAGGAAAAGAUGAAGGCUGAAGAAUGCUUUAUGCAUGACAUAUUGAGCGUAUGUCUGAAGUCUUCCUGGUUUUAUUUCAGCAGCUGUGUCAUGGCUUGCUUGCAAAAACAAACCCCUGGCUAAAACCUUGCAUGAAAACCAGUGACUUUAUUACAUGUACACUUGCGAGCACUUCACAGUUAAUGAUCUACUGCCAUUAGAAAUCAUAAACACUCUUUGGUGAUAAUUGUUUUUUUUUUUUUACAAUGGUUUUUAUCACCAUGUAACCUGCCUGUCAGUCCAUACCUUCUAGCUACCUGAAAAACAUCCAUUUGAAUCCCAGGGCACACACAUGCUGAUAAGAUGCAUAUCUUGAAAGCAAUCCAUUUCAGACCGAAGCAUCUGCCAAAUGUUUAAAUUAAUGAGAAUUUCAACAUACAAAACGUUACUCCUUUAAAAAUAUGUGACAGCUUAAAGUUGACAGAUGUGGGGUUAUACAGUCUGUCAUCAAGUUGGAUUUUUUAUGUUAUAACAAGCUAAUUUUUAUGUUUUCCUUUCAUAAAAUGUAUAUAUUAUUAUUAUUUAAGACUAAAUAAAAACUUAUAAUAACCCAAAAAUGAAAAACUGUCAUUCUUUA